AUGUUGAUCGAUGUGUUGCUUACCAGUGAAAAGGUGCGCAUGCGCGACUCGUCUGCCGUAGAACAGAAACUUAACCAGAUUAUCAGUGCUGACAAGGAUAAACUUUUGGUGGUCUCAGAUUUUGAUUAUACGUUAUCACGUUUCCACGACCCUGAAGGUAAAAGUUGUUUAACAACACAUGGCGUUUUUGAUAGCGCUGCAUGGACAGUGUCGCAAGAGCUUGGUAUGAUUCUCGAAAGACUGAAGGAGAAAUAUCUCCCAAUUGAGUUUGAUCCACACAUAACAGUUGCUGAAAAAAUUCCUCACAUGGAAGACUGGUGGAAAACUUCUCACGAACACAUCAUCAAAACUGGUUUUACGAAGAAAAUGAUCCAAAAAUUUGUUGCUGAAGCAAAACUCGAAUUAAAGGAAGGAGCAGAGGAGUUAAUGCUAAUGUUGCGUGAUCAUAACGUGCCUUUAAUUAUUUUUUCUGCUGGUAUAGGAAACGUGAUUGAUUUUUUUUUGCGGAAAGAGCUUGGCAGAUUUCCAAAUAAUAUACACAUUGUUUCGAAUAUGAUGAAAUAUGAUGAAAACGAUGUAGCAGUUGCAUUUAGUGAACCUCUUAUUCACACAUUUUGUAAAAACAGUGCUGUUAUUAGUCGUUAUGGGUCGUUGUUCAGUGAGAUUUCAUCGCGAACAUGUGUUUUAUUGAUGGGCGACUCUCUAGGAGAUUCGAAAAUGGACGUAGGUUUGGAAUGUGAACAAGUUGCAUUGAAAAUAGGUUUUCUGAAUUAUAAUGACGAAACAUUACUGGCUAAAUAUUUGGAUGGAUAUGAUAUCGUUUUGUUAGAUGAUCAGACUAUGCACGUUCCUCGUUUAAUUCUGAAUUCUAUAUUCGAAACAGAGAGAGAUGAAAAUCUUUCUUGUAUAAAUUGUCGUCUAGAAUCAAAAAACAAGUCACACGUCGCAACAGAAGAAGAAUCGAUUUUCCCAUCUCAGAAUUACAGCUUGUGGGUAUUUUUGGCAUCAAUGUUCUCCGACGUAACAAAGGAUGGAAAAAGAAUUGGAGGAUCAGUUGCUCCUGCAAACAGUGUAACUUCUGUAUCAACGAAUGCAGUUCUGUCUACUGUAGGUGCUUCGGGGGAAGGUGCAGUAAAUGCUAUAGUCGAAUAUGAAAUACCUCCUUGGGCAGGGAGGCCACCGAGUGGAUGUCAUCUUGAUGUUGUAAAAGGUGAUCAGUUAAUCCAGAAAUUGAUGGUUGAUGAAAAGCGUGCCUAUUUCUUUGGACGUAAUCCCAAACAAUGCGAUUUUGUGGUGGAACAUGCAUCAUGUUCCAGAGUGCAUGCUGUUCUGAUUUAUCAUAAAUUUCUGCAACGAUUUGCAAUCGUAGACAUGAAUAGCUGUCAUGGUACCUUUGUUGGUAAGGUCCGCAUUGAACCAAAGCAACCAGUUUUCAUAGAUAUUGCCAGUAUAUUUCAUUUUGGUGCUUCUACGAGGAGGUACAUAUUGCGCGCGAAACUUGAUUCGGCUAAUGAUGACGAUGAAGGAAAUAAAGAUUUACUACCAGAGGAACAUGAGCUUGAGAACCUAACUGAGUAUAACACAGCACUAAAUAGACGAAUACCCGUUAUACCGAUUUCACUAGAAGAUGCGCGACGGAAAAAAAGGCCACGUGGAAAUGUUGCAUUUAUUGAAGAGGAAACCAUAAUUAAUCCAGAAGAUAUUGAUCCAACAGUAGGACGUUUUCGAAAUUUGGUUGCUACGGCAAUAAUAUCUACAAAACGAAAACCUUUGGAUGAAGGAACUGAGCAAAGAACUAAAGAAGGUCCUACACAGAAAAAGAUUCUAAGGCCUGGACGCGUGGAUGAUUACAAAAAUGCAAGAUAUGUACAGCCAAUGAUUUCAAGUUUGUCAAUUGUUAUGAAUGCUGCUCCGGAUUUGGAGUUAUAUGCGAAAAGUUUGCCGGAACCUACCUCUGGACAUGUUGGUCCUUUCGUUCAGGGAACGCAUCGAAUACAUGAUGAUGAAGAUGAUGACGCACCGCACAAGAAGAAAUAUGCCAAAGAAUCAUGGCCAGGUAGAAAAUCGAAUCAGAGCCGAGUUCUGGCAUAA